UGGUUGAUGGUUUCGUUGCUACCGUCGCGAUUGUACAGGGCAAGAAGAAGUGAAUCCUUCCGCUAUCUGGGACGGAAUUGCGAUUUUGGUGGUCCCGCAGCUCUUCGAAUCGGAAGUUUUUCCUAAUUCUAGCUGGUUAAGUUGAUUUGCAUUGCGAAGGUGUUGACGGGUACCUCUGUAUCCGGUGUUGAAUUUUCCGGCUCAGUUGACCGUAGAGCAAUUUUCAGGGGGCCUGUCGUCUCGGUGGAAGAAAUCAAUUCAAGGCUCCUCCGGUGGAGCGCGAGUAGCAUAACGAAAGAGAAAGAGAGCCCCGGUCGUCGUCUGUGCUAUCUCGGAUUGUGGCGUGUUUCGGAAGUAUUGUGUGUGCGUGCGAAAUUCAGCGUAACAAUUACGUUUUGAAAUUUACUAUUCAUUUUCAAUAGGUGUCGUGUAACGUGUGCAGGUGCCAACUAGCGCAUCAGGUGUAUCGGUAGUGCUAAUCAAAGUCGGCUCAGCAGACCGAGGCCAGUAUUGUGCUCUCGAUUGAUAGUUGGUUGCCGUUUUCCCCGCUGGUUGGCGCGGGUGUAGUGGUACUGCAACAUUGUGUUUGUGUUGCGCUAAGUUUUGGUUACUGCUUUCUUCACCUCUCGAAGUGUGCCCCACAGGCCCCGGUACCGACGGCAAUCGGCGGGUGUUCAUUCUGCAGCAGUUUUUUUUGCAUUGCAAAAAGAUUGACGUAACCUCGUGUGGUGCCGUUCGUUUAUAUGCGAAGCAACCGUAGUGUCCGUACAAGCAAAAGCUAACCUCAAAGCGCGCGGUGCAUCUUUUUUGUGUGUUUUGCCCGAGAAUCAUAAUCGAAGCAAAAACAAAUCAUUCCGGUGUUUUGAAUUGGUGGCAUGUGUAAUGUGUAAGCGGUAAAGUGAAUUGUUCAAAGUUUAGUGUUAGUGUUGUUUAUAGUUAAAUGUGCUGAGGAAGUGCUACAGUCAGUGUUUUAAACCAUGACCCUGUCACUACGUUUGUUAGUGCUCGGGGCACUGUGCUCGUUGCAACUGGGACCGCUGGCCGGAGCCAACAAGCUAGGCUCGACAGGUCACAAUGAUCCGGUCUUACUGAAUGAGGAGACACUUCAGAGUAACAUGUUGCCCGAUGAGGAACCGCAGCAUGUAACCAAAGGACCUAAGCUGCCGGCUGGCAAACCGGUAAAGAAUUCAACCUCCGGCAAGGGGAUGCCGUCUCUGGUGAAAGGAUCCGCUAAUGAAUUGAACACAACCCUGCAGUGCUCGGAACGGCAAUUCCACUGCAACGACGGUCACUGCAUUCACGUCAGUUUUAUCUGCGACGGCGAGGCGGACUGUGCCGACGCAAGCGACGAGGACCCGCGCGAGUGCAAAAUUACAGAAUCAAACUGCUCCGAUGAUAAGUUCCGUUGCAAGAGCGGCCGGUGCAUCCCGAAGCACUGGCAGUGCGACGGGGAGAACGAUUGUUCCGACGGUUCGGACGAGGAUUCGGAAAAGUGUCAAAGUAAGGUGUGCUCAUCGGAGGAGUUUACCUGUCGCAGUGGAACCGGAACGUGCAUCCCGCUGGCCUGGAUGUGCGACCAGAACCGAGAUUGCCCGGACGGAUCGGACGAGAUGUCAUGCAAUGAAACCUGUCGCUCGGAUGAGUUCACCUGUGCCAACGGGCGCUGCAUACAGAAGCGGUGGCAGUGCGACCGGGACGAUGACUGCGGAGACAACAGCGACGAGAAGGGUUGCCAGGCAACGACCUGCGAUCCACUGAAGCAGUUUGCCUGUUCGGAGAAUUACUGCAUUACGGCCAAGUGGCGCUGCGAUGGUGAACCAGAUUGCCCGGAUGGAUCCGAUGAAAGGGGUUGCUCGAAUUCAACUCCACCGGCGGUGAACCCGUGUCUGUCGUUGGAGUACCAGUGCAAUGAUCGAAUCACCUGUAUUCACAAGAGCUGGAUAUGUGAUGGGGAAAAAGACUGCCCCCAGGGUGAUGACGAAAUGCCGCCGAUCUGUCAGAAUGUAACCUGCCGGCCGGAUCAGUUCCAGUGUAAGAAGGACAAGACCUGCAUCAACGGGCGAUUCCACUGCAACGGGAAGCCCGACUGCUCGGAUGGCAGUGACGAGUUGGAGUGUGCUGAACGACCGGUAGUUAAGUGUAAUCCAAAGACAGAGUUCGACUGUGGGGGAGGUAUGUGCAUUCCAUUGUCUAAGGUUUGUGACAAGAAGGCGGAUUGUCCAGAGUUCCAGGACGAACCAACGGAUAAAUGUGGUAAGAACGAAUGUCUACAAAACAAUGGGGGUUGUUCGGACAUUUGCGUGGAUACACCCGCUGGAUAUUACUGCGAUUGUAAGCAGGGCUACAAACUGGUGAACAACCGAACUUGCGAGGACAUCGAUGAAUGUCAGGAAGCCGGUUCGUGUUCGCAGAAAUGUACCAAUGAGAUCGGUACGUUCAAGUGCGAAUGUAUGACCGGAUACCUUCGGGAUCCGCGCGAUCACACCAAGUGUAAGGCUACCGAAGGACACGCUUCGCUUCUAUUCGCUAGACGGCACGAUAUUCGCAAAAUUUCCCUGGACCACCGUGAAAUGACAUCGAUCGUAAACGAUACCAAAUCCGCUACGGCUUUGGAUUUCGUGUUCCGAACGGGCAUGAUCUACUGGAGUGAUGUUUCCGAGCAGCGCAUUUACAAGGCUCCGAUCGAUGAAGGAUCAGACAAAACGGUGGUGGUUAAAAGCCAAACCGUUACUUCAGACGGACUGGCUGUCGAUUGGAUUUACAAUCACAUUUACUUCACCGACAUCAAGAAGUCCACAAUUGAACUGACCAACUUCGAUGGAAAUAUGGGAAAAAUUCUGAUCAAAGAUGAUCUGGAAAUUCCUCGGGCGAUCGCGCUGGACCCAAUUGAUGGAUGGAUGUACUGGACCGAUUGGGGUACCAGUCCACGAAUCGAGCGUGCCGGAAUGGAUGGAACCCAUCGGCAGGUCAUCGUAAACUAUGAAGUCAAGUGGCCGAACGGAAUCACGCUGGACUUGGUGCGGAAACGAGUUUACUGGGUUGAUGCUAAGCUAAAUGUCAUUUCAUCGUGCAAUUACGAUGGCAGCCAGCGAACGGUUGUACUCUACUCGGCAGACUAUCUGCGGCAUCCGUUUUCGAUUACCACCUUCGAGGAUUAUGUGUACUGGACCGACUGGGACAAGGAAGCCGUUUUCAAGGCGAACAAAUUCAACGGCAAGGACAUUGAACCGGUGACGGCGAUGCACAUGCUCCAGCAUCCGAUGACAAUCCACGUGUACCAUCCGUACCGCCAGCCGGACGGCACCAAUCACUGUCAGGCGGUGAACGGACACUGCUCGCAUCUCUGCCUACCGGCGCCGCAGAUCAACAGUCGGAGCCCGAAAAUAUCCUGUGCGUGCCCGACCGGUCUAAAGCUGAUGGAUGACGGUCUCAUGUGCGUGGAAGACGUGAGUGCAACUACCAGGGGUCCACCAAUGCAUGCCGUACCUCAUCCGUCAUCGGGACCGAGUGCAACCAAAGACAACAAACAGAUCGAGCACCAUUCCAGUAACCUAUACGAUAGCAGCAAGGAUAUUAUAAGCUCCUCCACGGUAAACCCGUUGACGUCCUCCUCCUCGUCCUUCUCUACUUCGUUCGAAAGCCAAAACUCUACCGUAAGAAAUGGCACCGACGGAACCAUCAUCCAACCGGGAGUGGUAGAGCCCGAUUCCGGAUUAGUGGCCGGCAUCGUCAUCGUUGUCGCCGCAGUUUGCGUCAGCAUACUGUUCUUGUUCUGCUACCUUCUCUAUCGGCAUUACGUGCACCGGAACUCAACCUCGAUGAACUUUGACAAUCCGGUCUAUCGGAAGACUACCGAAGACCAGUUCACACUGGAGAAGAACCCACCGAACCGCAUGUACCCCAGCACGGUGGGUGAAGAGGCCCAGGAACCACUAAACAAACCGGGCACGAACGACUUCGUUUAACCUCUCCCCUUUUUUUGUCUCCGGAUGAGGUAGUAAAACAUAAUAGAACAGUAAUAAACAACGCAACAACAGCAAAGAACAAAACCAGUCAGCAAAAACAAAAAGUUAAUCACAACAACAACAACAACCACCACCACCAAAUCGAGAGUAAGACUUGCGGGCAAUUGUUCACGGGCGGGCGGCGGCGGCGGUUAACCACAAAAAAGAAGAUUAUGAUAAUGAUUCACACGCACGCGUGGGGGGGUGAAAGAAGAAAUGAACCGAGUCCUGGAGCGGGGUCGAUCCAUCCGACCUGCCGGCCGAGGCUGUGCUGUACCUUCCUACUGUCAGAGUGUCAAAUUUUGCAAACUUUGCGAAACUUUGACGAAUGAAAACCCAGGCAUACUAGAUUCGCGUGUGCGCGCUUCCCUAAGAAAAAAAUAAAUGGCAGCAGACAGUGUGUGUGUGUUUGUUAGUAGGAGGCAACAUUAACAACGCAACACGGUUGGUUGAAUUGUUUACAAUUAUAGGUAUUCGUUUGUUUUUUUUUUUGUUUGGUUAGGUGCAACCUCUAUCUAUUUUUCCCAUUUUUUAGAAUAUUAAUUGUAGAAAGUUUACAACUUGUGUGUGUAUUUUUCGUAGAAAAAAAUAUCUAUUUAGCAAAAGUGUGCACGCAACUUGCGGAUUUCGCUCAAAUUUUAGGGUUACAUUAUAAGUUUAAUUUGUUAAUUUUUCUUGUGUGAAAAAAAAUAAACAAAUAACUCGUUCAAAGCUUGAGCUAGACAUUCCCUGUCUAGUUGCAGCUUUGAUGGCGGGUGAAAUAAAUGUUAAAGGCAUUAUUUUGGACACUAGUUCUUCUUUAUCGAUUGUUCAUUCGGCCUUAAUCAUGAUUGUAGCUUCGAGUCUUCAGGUGAGGAAAUUUUAGGCCAAACGUAAAGUAAUUGUAAAAAAUCGAAGAGAAUUAUUAUUAGCAGAACACACACAAAUGUUUAAUUAGACUAUACUAGUGCGGGUGUGUUGAACAGUGGUGUAGAUAUUAUUUUGUUCUAAUUAAACACAAAAAAAUUAAAGAUAAAAAAAAACAAUCAAACACAAACCCUGCGAAUUUAUAGAAACUUUUUUACUUUAAUAAAUAUUUUCCUAAAACACUCAACUAGAAAAAAAAACAAUCAAGGCAGUUAUGCAGCACGCACAAUUUUGGUUACGAAAAAAAAACUGUGUAGACUCAGUGUGCUUCGUUAAAGCGAUCGUCUACUGUAGAGAUAAUUUUAAUGCUCAAUUAGUUUUCUUGACUCUUCAUACGGGACUGAGAAUGCUUUUGGGAAGAUUACUAACUUCACUGUAGUUGCUUUUUUCCACUCUCAACAGCGCAGCUCUUCUACAGCUAUUACAAUUAUAGGUACUACUCAUCGUUAAGCACGCAUCUUUCGCUGUUUCCUCCAAAUUGUUAUCGCUCAUCGGGAAUAGAAUUUGCUCAAAAUGGUGGUUAGCGGAAUGUUUAAUCCUGGCAGUGGGCCACAUUUUUCCUAGUUCAAAUAACCGUAGACUUUACGAUAGAGAAUCAGUACACUCCAACACAGAACGAACGAAAACGUCCGUCUGCAUAAUUCUUGCCAAAUUUAGUCUAGUAGAAACAUUGUAGCUUUAUUAGCGAUGACUGUUUAUUUUUCUGUUAUCCCUCAACAUUAAAUGAAAGUAGGAUUUAAACCCAAUUUCUUUCCUUCCAUAGUCAAAUAUAAGGAAACUACGAGCAACUAUUUUGAAACAAAUUUAGCGAGAGUUUUUAAUAACAUAAUUUCCUUCCCCCUCCAAAAAAAGGUAAAUAAAAAUCCUGCCAAAUAAUAAACGGUACAGUUUGUAUCAACUCAACACAUCUUGAAACUAAAACCAACAUUAAAUGUGUACCAUUAAAGCAACAGAGACCGUAUGCUGUUUAGUAAUGCACACGCCCUGAGUUGAAUCCAUCAUGGUAAAACGCCACCAUAAAAGAUACCCCUUAAACGAUAUCAAACCUUCUAAACGAGAUUAACAAGACAAGAUUCACAAACGCUAUCGCUACGAGCGAACAAGAGCAGUAACAAUAUCAUCACACGCAAACACACAACAAACAACACACACACACACACACACGCAUACAUAUAAACACAUUCUUAAAAUCGAAACAAACUAAACAAAAGAUCAAAAUCCACGAGUCUUUUUUGAUAUUUUGUAAAUAUAAUUGACGCAGUAAGAAACAUGCGAAACAAAAAAAAAUUAAAACAUUAACCCCGAGAAUUCAUACUCUAAAUUAACGUAAUUUAUUAAGAGAAAAGAAGAAAACAAAAACAAGAAACAAGCUAAGCGAUAAAUUCUACGCGCAACCCAAACAGUAAAUAGAUUGUAUCCCUUACAGAGGAGAGGGGUAAAAAAGAAAAAAUAAAAUCAAAGACAAUGUCCGGGUUUGGGGACAUAAAAGUUUAAAAACAAAAACUGACCCGGCUACGGUUACGCGGUUGAAUCGAACAACUUUACUAACGGGAUUAAAGCAAAAGCAAACAAAUUGUGCGGAAGAAGAAGAUCACACCACACACACACACACGCUCACCAUACAUGCAGUGAAAUGGAGCCGAUUAUUUUUGUACAUAAUGAGUGAAAGAAGACAAAACACAACUAACACAAAAAGAAGAUGAUGAAGAAGAAGAAGGUGAAAAACAACCAGUAAAACAACAGAAAACAAAAUUCUAUACACUGUAAGCGUCGAAAGAAAAUGAUGAUAAAUAAACAUUGGAAAGGUAAUGUACUGUAAUGGAGUA